UUUGAACAUUGUGCUAAAUAAACUUUUUUCUUUUUCACAUAAAAAAUAAUAUAACAUUCAAUGCUUCGAUUACCAUCGCAACCUACAAUUCCCGAAUGGAAGAACAAUUGGGAAGAUAUUCAACCCGCUUUACAUAAAAUAAGAAGAUCGUUGGCUUCCUUAAGAACCUCAUCGUUAAAGGUGAUGAGAGUAAGCCAGCUUGAUUCUGAUAUUUUGGACACAGAACUGGUGGAUAUUUUAAAAGAACAGCUUUGGAAUGCCUUGUCGUUAUUUAAGCCUACUUUCAAAGAAGCUUUUGAGCCUGAAUUAUUAGGUCUUCUUAAUCUCAUUUUAUUUAAACUAUCAGUUUAUGAUUCUUCAGCAACUUAUGGCUCACAGCUUCAAAACUUAAAAUAUCGUAAUGAAUGGAAGCAUGGAGGUGCUUUUGAAUCUAUCGCAAGAGAUGCACCAUUAACAAAGGGACAAAAGAUAGCAUAUGGAAUAUUGACAGUAGGGGGGCAAUAUGUAUGGACAAGAAUGAAUCGAUAUAUAACAGCAAAAGGUUGGGGAGAACUAGAAGAAUCAGAUACUCGUAAUAAAAUAUAUCGUGUUUUACAAACUGGUGAAAAAUAUUGGAAAGCAUUUUCUUUAGUGAACUUUUUAAUCUUUUUAUGGAAUGGAAAGUAUCGUACAUUAAUUGAACGCAUGUUAGCAAUGAGACUAGUUUACUCAAAGAAAUCAAUGAAUCGACAAAUUAGCUUUGAAUUCCUAAAUAGACAGAUGGUCUGGCACGCAUUUACGGAAUUCUUGCUGUUCUUAGUGCCUUUGAUCAAUAUUGAAAAACUGAAAAUGAAGUUAAUGCGUACAUUACUGCCCAAAUCAUAUCUUGUGUCUUCAAAGGGAUAUGACCAACUACCCAUAAACCAAUGUGCAAUUUGUCAUGAUUCGAGUUCAAGUGAAAAUACACCACUUGGUCAAAUCCAAAAUUUUACUGUACAUAAUCCAUAUAAAACUAAUUGUGGUCAUAUUUAUUGUUAUUACUGUAUUCAAACUAAAAUCUCUAUUUUUGGUGAUGAAUGGCCAUGCUUUCGUUGUGGUGAAAAAGUAACUGAAAUUCAUAAAUAUAUUGAAAGAGUAGAAAAUGUAGAUGAACAAAAAAUAAAAGAAUAAUUUAAUC